UGUGACGCUUGUUGAUAUCCAGGAAGACGCUGGUCAGACCUUGGCGUAGGAAGGAGGAGAGAAAUGGACGAUAACUUUCCGCUCGGAGAAGCUGGAGCGGUCAAAAGUGUUGCAAAAUCUGGACGAAGGGCUCGCCUUGCAACGGAUCAAUCUUCAUUUGAGGAUUCUCGUUACGUAAGGAAACCCUCCACCUCUGCUGCAAUGGGAGAAGGCCCCCCCACUAAACCGGCCCGGCGGCAGGGUGGCUGGGCAGAAGAAAGCUCUGGGUCUGGAUCUGCCAAAUCUUCAAGAAGACUUGCACCUGAGGACCUGGAAGACCGCCGCCUGCGACCACAAACUCCCCAGGGAUCAGAUGAUGAAGGAGAUAUUCCAGUGAUUCCAGACCUUGAAGAAGUACAGGAAGAAGACCUCACCAUGCAAGUUGCAGCUCCACCAAGCAUCCAGGUGAACCGGGUAAUGACCUACAGAGAUCUGGACAAUGAUCUGAAGUAUUACUCUGCCUUUCAGACCUUAGAUGGAGAGAUUGACUUGAAGCUCCUCACCAAGGUUUUAGCACCAGAGCAGGAGGUGAAAGAGGUGAGUGAGUUUUUAGUAAAUAUAGCUUGUGAGCUCCCAGCGACGGACUGUCCAGCUGUUUCUAGAGCACCAAGGGACGUUGCCACUCUGUCUCCCAGGAUGAUGUGAGCUGGGACUGGGAUCAUCUGUUUACAGAGGUGUCCUCAGAGCUGCUGAUGGAAUGGGAUCAAGGAGAGAGUGAGGAGCAGGCCGCAUUGCCUGUAACAUGAGGAGGAGGUUUGGACUGAGGCUUUAAAUUGCUCCAGUGGGAGUCGGGUGAAUGUCCAUUACACAGAGGGGCCAGUGACUUCGGUUAUAUUAACUUUAAUUACUGUUUGUUAUCCAGGAUUUAUAUUCUGUAAAGUGUAUAUACAACAUUUCUUGUAUUUUCUAAAUAAAGUUCACUGCAGUGAACAGUGCAGUGUUGUCUGACCCUG